CACUUUGUAGUUCAUCAGCUGUGCCACCGCGUCAUAUCUUCCAACACAGUCCGAACUUCCUCGCAUGCCUCUCCGGCAGCCCAUCCACUAUAGCUGCUCAUAUCCAAUGAGCAUUUUUCACCGGGCGCCACCGGAAACCUUCCCGCGGCUCAUUGUGGAGAGCACAAGCAGAGCUGGGCGUCAUCAUGAAUUAAAGAAAAGCCUGCAUUUACAAAUCUGAUCACCAAACCCCGCUGCAAGUGUGGUGUGGUUGGACCAGCAGCAGCGGAGAUGGUUUUGGACCCGGGUGAGGACUGUAUGGAUCGGACAGACGUCGACGAGGUCGGAGGGGGCAGCAGCACCACAGACCUGACGGGUCCAGAACCAAGACCGGAACCUCGCAAAACCACCACAACCGACAGCACCGGACUAGAAAACACCAGCCCAGAGCCUCCCAAAACCACCACCAACACCAGACUAGAAAACACCAGCCCAGAGCCUCCCAAAACCACCACCAACACCAGACUAGAAAACACCAGACCGGAUGCCCCCAAAACCACCACCAACACCAGACUAGAAAACACCAGCCCAGAGCCUCCCAAAACCACCACCAACACCAGACUAGAAAACACCAGACCGGAUGCCCCCAAAACCACCACCAACACCAGACUAGAAAACACCAGCCCAGAGCCUCCCAAAACCACCACCAACACCAGACUAGAAAACACCAGACCGGAUGCCCCCAAAACCACCACCAACACCAGACUAGAAAACACCAGCCCAGAGCCUCCCAAAACCACCACCAACACCAGACUAGAAAACACCAGACCGGAUGCCCCCAAAACCACCACCAACACCAGACUAGAAAACACCAGCCCAGAGCCUCCCAAAACCACCACCAACACCAGACUAGAAAACACCAGACCGGAUGCCCCCAAAACCACCACCAACACCACCACUAGAACAGAAGAGACCAGACAGGACACUACCAAAACCACCAAAAGAACAGAGGAACCAACAGCGGACCCUCCCACCACCACCAACACUAGGCUCCACGCCAGGACAAGCAGUGUCACCAAGAGGGAGCGGGUAUCCAACUCCCACAAUGGACCCCAGCCUCAACCUCAGUCGUUGGUGGCAGAUGUCAGCCUUACCCCCAGCCCUAGGGCCAGUGUUGGCUCCUCUACCAAUUCCUCUCACUCAGUCUUGCCAUACGAUGGACCGGUUGUCUCUCUGCGGCGGGACGUCACCAUGGCAACGGCCUCGUCUCGGAAUAAGGUGGCGACUAGACCCACUCUCCGCCGGCCCCUCAGCCUGGACGUGACGCCUCUGCGCCUCCGUGGCUCCGAGCCCGCGCUGGACCGCAGGGUCCUACAGCCCCCCUGGCACAGCGCUGGUGGUCCCUCCACUGCCCCCGCGCCCCCAGCACGCUCCCUCACCAGCCCCAGCCUGGGCCCCGGAGGCUGGAUGCGCCGCAGCGAGAGCACCUGUACCGUCAACAAGUCCUCAAUGGGCCUCCGGGCCACCAGGGGGCAUAUGCGUCCAGCCACCUCCCUUCCCCACAUUGCCCGGGGGUUUGGAGGGGCCUCCCCGCUGCCCUUGCCCUCCACACCGCGAGGCCCCUGUCUCCUUGUGGCCCUAAGACCCAUUAACCUAGACCAGGAGAGGCAGGCCUUCUUCCAGUCUGACUAUAAAUACGACCCCCAGUUUGAGUACUCGACCCCGGAGCCCAGCACUGUGCUGGAGAAAUACAGAGAUGGAUCUGACCUCUUCCUCGCACAGGCUGUUGGGAUUAUGGAGUGUAUUCUGAGGAAGUUUGGUAACUAUGAGAACUUUGAGGAAGUGACGGGAGGAAGUAUUUUACCAAAGAGUCGAGUCUGGGCUGCUGCACGCAAGUACCUGCAGAAGGAGAACUGUGUAGGAGAGGUGGUGGUGUGUCUGUCUGAGGAGCUGCUGUCCCAGGCGGUGAUGAUGGUAGAGAGUUGUCGUCCCACUCUGACUAUCAACCUGUCUGGAGCACGACAACACUGGCUGGAGGGCAUGCUCAGGCAUGAGAUAGGAACCCACUACCUUCGAGGUGUGAACAACAACCUCCAGCCUUGGUCCACUUCGGCAGGCAGGAAGCAGUAUGGCCUCAAACCGGCCAAUCCCACGGAAGAAGGCCUGGCCAGCCUGCACAGUGUGUUGCUACGGAAACAGCCCUACCUGUGGCGCGCCGCUCUGCUCUACUAUACGGUGUAUCACGCCACCAGGAUGAGCUUCAGCCAGCUCUUCAGCCACAUCGCUCAGUUCGUCCAGGAUCCCGCGGUGCGCUGGGAGUACUGCCUCAGAGCCAAGAGGGGACAGACGGACACCUCGCAGCCUGGCUGUUUCAGUAAAGAUCAAGUGUACCUGGACGGAAUCCUCAGGAUUCUACGACAUCGGAGGAACAUCGACUUCAAGAUGCUGACCUCGCUAGGCAAGGUGUCGUUUGAGGACGUGGAAAGGCUACGGCACAUCGCCGUCCUCCGCCGGACCAGAAUCCCUCACUUCAUGCAGGACCAGGAGAAAUACCUUCAGCAUCUGGACCACAUUGUCACGGUCAACGAACUGAGCGACGCUCAGCUUAGAGAACUCCUUCCCUGACCGACCGACCUUCAGCUGAGCGCGGUAGAUCACCUGCUGGGCGUCAACAAAGGUGGCGAUUCAACAUGUAGAAUGGUCGGGAAAUGAAUAGAAAAUGGCGGAUGAUGUUCGGUGGUCAGAGGCGUUAAGAAUAGUCACCUGCUGCUAAUUACCUCUGGUCAGCGUGGUCUGUUUUUUCCCCUUGACUGACUGACUCCCUCUGGUCUAGACUGGCCAUCCCAUCCUUGACUGACUGACUCCCUCUGGUCUAGACUGGCCAUACCAUCCUUGACUGACUGACUCCCUCUGGUCUAGACUGGCCCUACCAUCCUUGACUGACUCCCUCUGGUCUAGACUGGCCAUCCCAUCCUUGACUGACUGACUCCCUCUGGUCUAGACUGGCCAUACCAUCCUUGACUGACUGACUCCCUCUGGUCUAGACUGGCCCUACCAUCCUUGACUGACUCCCUCUGGUCUAGACUGGCCAUACCAUCCUUGACUGACUGACUCCCUCUGGUCUAGACUGGCCAUCCCAUCCUUGACUGACUGACUCCCUCUGGUCUAGACUGGCCAUACCAUCCUUGACUGACUGACUCCCUCUGGUCUAGACUGGCCAUCCCAUCCUUGACUGACUGACUCCCUCUGGUCUAGACUGGCCAUACCAUCCUUGACUGACUGACUCCCUCUGGUCUAGACUGGCCAUCCCAUCCUUGACUGACUGACUCCCUCUGGUCUAGACUGGCCAUCCCAUCCUUGACUGACUGACUCCCUCUGGUCUAAACUGGCCAUACCAUCCUUGACUGACUGACUCCCUCUGGUCUAGACUGGCCAUCCCAUCCUUGACUGACUGACUCCCUCUGGUCUAGACUGGCCAUCCCAUCCUUGACUGACUCCCUCUGGUCUAGACUGGCCCUACCAUCCUUGACUGACUCCCUCUGGUCUAGACUGGCCCUACCAUCCUUGACUGACUCCCUCUGGUCUAGACUGGCCAUACCAUCCUUGACUGACUCCCUCUGGUCUAGACUGACCAUACCAUCCUUGACUGACUCCCUCUGGUCUAGACUGGCCAUACCAUCCUUGACUGACUGACUCCCUCUGGUCUAGACUGGCCCUACCAUCCUUGACUGACUCCCUCUGGUCUAGACUGGCCAUCCCAUCCUUGACUGACUCCCUCUGGUCUAGACUGGCCCUACCAUCCUUGACUGACUCCCUCUGGUCUAGACUGGCCAUCCCAUCCUUGACUGACUGACUCCCUCUGGUCUAGACUGGCCAUCCCAUCCUUGACUGACUGACUCCCUCUGGUCUAGACUGGCCCUAAUCCUCCCAAGUGUCAUUCAUCACUCUGCUGUUGGAAAGCCCUGGAAAUGAAGGCUAGUGUCCGACAGACAGAGUGUGUGGAACGAACAGAUCAACACUCAGAUCAUAUCUACUACGCUUGGAUAAUAUUCACUAUGGCUGAGUCCUAAACGGCACCCUAUUCUCUGUAUAGAGCCCUAUGGACCCAGGUCAACAGUAGUGCACUACCCUAUGGACCCAGGUCAACAGUAGUGCACUACCCUAUGGACCCAGGUCAAAAGUAGCGCACUACCCUAUGGACCCAGGUCAAAAGUAGUGCAUUACCCUAUGGACUCAGGUCAACAGUAGUGCACUACCCUAUGGACCCAGAUCAAAAGUAGUGCACUACCCUAUGGACCCAGGUCAAAAGUAGUGCACUACCCUAUGGACCCAGGUCAACAGUAGUGCACUACCCUAUGGACCCAGGUCAAAAGUCGUGCACUAUAAAGGGAACAGGCUGCCAUGUGGGAUGCAUCCUAUAUCAUGGUCAUACAGUCCAACAAGUCAGUGGAUUGUUGUGAUGACAGCAGUCCUGUAGGGAAACAGAACGGUUCUUCUGAUACUUGGUUGAUGUCUACCUUGGAUUCAUAUUCAUACCCCUGGAUGAUAUCUACCUUGGGUUCAUAUUCAACCCCCUGGAUGAUGUCUACCUUGGUUUCAUAUUCAUACCCCUGGAAGAUGUCUACCUUGGGUUCAUAUUCAAACCCCUGGAUGAUGUCUACCUUGGGUUCAUAUUCAAACCCCUGGAUGAUAUCUACCUUGGAUUCAUAUUCAUACCCCUGGAUGAUGUCUACCUUGGGUUCAUAUUCAACCCCCUGGAUGAUAUCUACCUUGGAUUCAUAUUCAUACCCCUGGAUGAUGUCUACCUUGGGUUCAUAUUCAAACCCCUGGAUGACAUCUACCUUGGGUUCAUAUUCAUACCCCUGGAAGAUGUCUACCUUGGGUUCAUAUUCAACCCCCUGGAUGAUACCUACCUUGGGUUCAUAUUCAAACCUCUGGAUGAUGUCUACCUUGGGUUCAUAUUCAACCCCUGGAUGAUAUCUACCUUGGGUUCAUAUUGGGUUCAUAUUCAAACCCCUGGAUGAUAUCUACCUUGGGUUCAUAUUCAAACCCCUGGAUGAUGUCUACCUUGGGUUCAUAUUCAAACCCCUGGAUGAUGUCUACCUUGGGUUCAUAUUCAACCCCCUGGAUGAUGUCUACCUUGGGUUCAUAUUCAACCCCCUGGAUGAUGUCUACCUUGGGUUCAUAUUCAACCCCCUGGAUGAUGUCUACCUUGGGUUCAUAUUCAACCCCCUGGAUGAUGUCUACCUUGGGUUCAUAUUCAACCCCCUGGAUGAUAUGUCCGUCUGUAUGGACCAUAUACUGUACGUCACAUAACUACAUUUCCAGUGAACGUCACAUAUAUCCAAUGCAUGUCUUUGAGGCAUUUUCAUUAGGUUACUGCUGCUGCAGUUCCCAUCCCCUUGCCUUUACUCACAUUCAAGUUACCUCAAUAUUGGAACCCAGGGGCCCGCAGUGAUUUUAUUUGGUCCCCCCAAUUUUUUGAACAUAUUGUUGGACAUAAUAUACUGUAAAAACACCAGCAAAUCAGCUGCAAGUGAUUAUAAUUUUGAAAAUCUUUUCCAAUGUAUUCCCACACAUAACAGAGAUAUAUGUGAACGUAUACAAAUGUAAGGUUUGAAAUGAUUUAUGUUUUAGUCAAAUAUAUCCGUUGUGGCUUCUUGUGGUCAAUUUGCAGUCUAUAAAUCAUUUCUAAUUAUGUUUCCAAACCUCAGAACAUCUGCUGAAGAAUAUAAAAAUUGUCCUGCGGCUGAAUCUAGUUGAUGUUUCCUGCUGUAACCACUAGCUAACCUGGCUACAAGGUUGAGCUCAAUUCCAUUUCAAUUCAGGAAGUACACUGAAAUUCCAAUUCUCUUCAAUAAGUAACAUUUGGAAUUUGGUUUACUUUCUCUAUUGACUGGAAUUGAAAUGGAAUGGAGCCCAAGCCUGUCUGGCUGUAUCAUAUAAAUACCCACUGGGCAAAAACAACAUUACAUCAUUUCAACCAGAAAAAUGAUCUGUGAUGAAAUUGAAUCAAUGUGGAAAACUGAUUGAAUUAGAAAGUUAUUGACGUAUGGGAAUUUAGUCUAUUUUACACCCAUCUUUUAACCUAAAUCCAAUGACAUCGUGACAUUUUUAGUUAAUUUCACAUUGGAUUCAUGUUAGUUGACAACUUAACCAAAUGUCAAUCAAAACUAGACAUUGAACUGACGUCUGUGCCCAGCGGGUACAUUCUCCUCACGUACAUAGCCAACAUUUUACCACUGUACAUAGCCUACAUUAUACUACUGUACAUAGCCUACAUUAUACCACUGCAGCCCAUGUCUGUAAGACUGUGCUUCUGCUUCUUAUACCUCUGUAAACAACCACAGGGUCAUGUAAUGGAUUUGUAAGUUAUUUAAUUUGUUUUUAUUUUCAGGACAAAAACAAUGAAUGUCUAUGGUAUUAGUUUUGUAUCUCCUUUUUGUGGAGCUGAUUGUUUUAAGCCUUUAGCUUUGCUAAAAAGAACACCAAGGAGCACUCAGUUCUAUUCCAGAACCCAGGUAAAGAACACCAAGGAGCCCUCAGUUCUAUUCCAGAACCCAGGUAAAGAACACCAAGGAGCCCUCAGUUCUAUUCCAGAACACAGGAGAAGAACACCAAGGAGCCCUCAGUUCUAUUCCAGAACACAGGAGAAGAACACCAAGGAGCCCUCAGUUCUAUUCCAGAACACAGGAGAAAAACACCAAGGAGCCCUCAGUUCUAUUCCAGAACACAGGAGAAGAACACCAAGGAAUUAUUUUCCAGAAACCAGGUAAAGAAGACUAAAACUAUCGAGUGCCGAUAGACAUUCUGACUGGUCUGGAUGUUAAAAUAAAUCUUCCUUGGGAUUAGUUUUACCACUAUUUUACAACACGUAUCUUAUUGUGUGGUUAAAUCAGAGCCAGUUCUGAUUGUUAUUUUGUUGUGUUGAGCGAGAGCUCCCUUGGUGGGCUUCAAGCUCCCUUGAUAUCAGCGCUACUGUAUUAAUGUGAUGUGACUGAGCUGAAGGCCUGAGCUUCCCUUGCCUCCGCCUCAUGUGGGAUCUUUUGCCUUCUAUGCCAGGUUCAUGGACGUUAUAGGCCACGUUCCCCUGCUCAGACGUUGCUUGCAUCAACCAAUGGUUGCGUGCCACUUCAUUGACUGUGCCGUUGAGCACCAGACUGCUAUAACAUGUGGUUAGCUGAUAGGUAAAACACCUAUCCAGGCGUUGUAAGAUCUGGAAUGUGUCAGCAACGUCUGGCCAGAGGAACACACCUUUAUAAAGGACAGGCCACUGAGAUACGCUACCAUGCCAACCUUAAUUCAUACUGUCAGGCAGCCAAAACUGACUAAUCACAGCAGCUUCCUCCUUUCCUAUGUUUGACAUGGCACAUGCGUGAUUGGCUUUAGAGGAGAAAGGUGGUGUUGUGGGCGUGUCUUAGAUGGGUUUCGAUUAGAACUCACCUGGGCUGCGUUCAGUGGGGCACUACGUUGUGGAAUUGUCAGCUCUAUUCAUAGCAUUUCUAUCUGCAGUGUUCAGUGUAUUACAACCUGCUGAACGCAGCCCUGCUGAAGUUAGACUUCUGUAGACUGCAUUUUAAUCAUCACUCUUUUGUCAUUUGUAUUGCAUGAAUGUUGCACAUUUUAUGUUCUGGAAAUAAUCUGGGAUUUCCAGAUUAUUUAUUAAAACAACACAUUAAAACUGA